ACGCAAAAUUAGUUUUAUUAAGAGAAGAAAAAAUGGAUAUAUGUAAAAAAUAUAGUGAUUUAUAUGUUACAAAUUUUCGUAAGCGAGAACACUGUUUCGGUAAAAGGUUAGAUUUUAUUACAACAGCAGAAUCUAAGCGCGAAAGAUUUAGAUCAGGUUAAAAUUUUUUUUUUUAAAUUUGUUAUGAAUAAUUAGUAAUAAUAUUAUAAGUUUAUAUUUAUGUAUAUAGGUAUUCAAUGUAAUUUUCUUUUUUAUAGUUUAUAAUAUAGUAUUGUUUUUUUCAUUUACGUUAUUAUUAAAUUAUUCGUUAGUUUCUGCAAACUAAAUAUAAUCAUUGAAAACUAUAAUUUAUACACGAUCUACCAUCAUAGUUAAUUUUUAUUUUGAUAUAAAUGCUUAUAUUAUACUUGGUUUCAUAAAAUAAUAUAAGCAUUUAUAUGUGAACUAACCUAAUAAAGAAACAUUUAUAUAAAUAUAUAUAUAUAUAUAUAUAGGUCAGUCAGAGUGAUUAAUCAUUACGCCAGAAAAAUCGUAAGAGCUGAUGAGGCCUGUGACAACGAACAAAUAUAUGAAUGUGUAUACAAACUUUCGAAACUACCGAUGACUAUAGAACUUUUAGAAGCCACUGGAAUUGGUCUAGUGGUCAACAAAUUAAGAAGUAGAGGCGGAGUCGUAGGGAAAUUAGCAGAAAGAGUAGUCCUUACUUGGAAAUAUGUUGUAAAAACAGAAAUAUUAUUAUUUUCCCAAGGAGAACCAUAGCUUUUAAGUGUUAAACAUGUUAGUAAAUUAUGAUUAACACAAUUUUUUCUUAUAUAAAAGAGUUAAAUAUAAAAUAAAAUAAUAAAUUAUUAUUAUUAUUGUACAUUAUUUUAUUUCUAUUCAAUUUUUCUAGAAUAAAAAAAAACAAAAAAACAAAAAAAAAAAAAUGGAGUCGUCACUUAUCUUAGAAAAAAUCAACUCCAUAUUACAACAACGUGACGAAAACAACCUCGGCAUGGAUGAAAUUAAAGUCACUUUCAGAAAAAACUUGAGAGAAAUAAAUAUAAAGAUUCUGAAAGCGAGAUUGAAAACGACACGAGCAAUAUUAGAAGAAGAAAAACAAACGAUGAUAAAUAAUUAUAAAAAUUCAAAUUAUAUAGCGUUUCUUUGUGAAAAAAAUAUACAGAAAGGUCUUAGUGAGUUGUAUGAACAAUUAGACAAAUAUUGAUAAUAUUCAGUUUUUCCAAAAAAUAAAAUUUGUUUUUACAAAUAAAUUAUUUUGUUAUUAUUUAUUAUUUUAUAUUAUAAAAAUAUAUCGAAUGAUAUUGUCAUAAAUUAUAAAAUAUAUCAUCCCUGUGUAUAUAAUAUCUGUUGAAGAAUAAUAAAUGUUUUAUAUCAUCAAUUCUGGAUAAGUUUGAUAAUCGUUCAAAUAAAACUAAUGCAAUAAAAAUGUUAGGAAAAGUGGUUUAGAUUUAAAAAAAACGUAUCAAUUAACAGUUAGUUUUGAAAUUCUAUGUAAUUUUCAGAAUCAUGAACUCAGAAAUAAACGUAGUUAAAAGCAGAAUUCUAGAAGUAGAACAGCAGGUGCGUGACAAUAAACGCUAUUGUAUCGAGAAACGGAAAGCAUUUCAAAAAGUAUUUACAAAAAUUAAUGAUUGUAUUAAGAAAAAAACAGUUUUUAAAAAUAAAUUGAUAAAUGAACAUAAUAGUUUCGAAAAAUAUUCAAGUGAAUGUAAAGCAGAUCUUCAGUGCCGGUUAACAGAACUAAACAAUCGGUUAAGAGAAUUAGAAUCUGAGUAAUUUCUUAUUAUAUUAACCAAUUCUUUUUUUCUUUGUAAUAAUUUAGAAUUAAUACUUUUAUUAUAUUUUGAAAACAAUAUUCUGAAUUGCUUGCAUAAGAAUUAAAAAAAAAGAAGUUGAUGUUAUAAUAAAUUUACAAUAUUAUGAUUGCUUUCACCUAUGUUUUUUUUUAUUUAAUCUAUUUUUUCAGUUUCAUAAUGAAAAGAAAAACGGUUACAAAACACGAGCGGAUGUCAUCUUCUGACGAAGGUUUAUUUGAAAUCGAGAGAUUUAAGAAAUGUUCAAAAACAUUUUUGAUUAAGAAUACUUUAAAUUUUAUAGAUUACACGCUUUUUUUUAACUAUGUUAGAGAUAAAUUAAUUUUAAAGUUAAAAGAAUCAUGUUUACAAUCAUCUAUAAAAUUUAAUUUACAUGUGGAUAGCGUAUACGAAAGAAUACUCACUCAAGAAGUUCGGGACAUAGCUUUCAAAACUUCUAAUACACUUGCAUGUAAUUCAUCCAAUUUCAAUAAAUUACUAAAUGGAAUGUUCAAUAAAUUAUUAUCUGAACAAGACCAGUUUUUAGCGAAAGGAUCUGGGUGGUCCCUUAAAACUAUAGAUGUAUUACAAUUGAGAAUUAAUACAGUGAAUCCUCUCAGAGGAGGAACGUAUCUAGAUCUACCUGAAUAUAUAAAAGAUAAAAGAGCAAUUAUAAAUGUAAAAAAUAACGAUGCUAAAUGUUUUAAAUAUUCAAUACUAUCUAAGUUUGAUAAUCGAUCGAAUAAAACUUAUUUGAAUAAGAAAUAUUUUAAAAUGUUAGAAACAAAAAGUGGUUUAGAUUUUAAAUGUAUUGAUUUUCCAACACCAAUCAGUCAGAUGAAAAAAUUUGAACGUACAAACGAUGUAUCAAUUAAUAUUUAUAGUUUAAAUGAUAAAAAACAUAUUUUUCCUUUGUAUAUUUGUAAUACUGAAAGAAAAAAACAUUUCGAUCUUUUUCUGUUCAAUAAUGAUGAAACAUCACAUUACUGUUAUAUAAAAAAUUUUUCAAGAUUCGUUAGAAGUCAGAAAACUAAAAAUUGUACUAAGCUAAUUAUAUGUAAAAGAUGUUUUACUACUUUUGGGAACAAACCGUGUAAAAGCAAACUUUGGGGUAUGAAAGGAUUGAUUGAACAUCAACAUAAUUGUAGAAAGAACCAAUUAGGGAAACCUAUAAUGUUUGAAGAGGGAGAUGAUGAUUUUAUUUAUUUUAAAAGUUAUAAAAAAACUCAAAGGAUACCAAUUGUUAUUUAUGCAGACUUCGAAUGUAUUUUAACUCCUAAAAAACCUGAUGAAUUCAUUCAGAGUUGUAAAAAAAAAAAAACAUAUAUUACACAUUUACAUGAAAUUAUGAGUUAUGGGUUUUAUGUAAAAGUCGACUAUGAUAUUAUACCAAAAGAGUUAGUAAAACAGUUGAAGAUUCCUAGAAAGGUGGUUAUUUAUAGAGGUGAAAAUGCAGCAAAAAAAUUUAUGGAAAAUAUGAUUGAUAUCGGAAAUAAUAUCAAAACAAUUUACGAAACUGCUACACCAAUGGGUAAAUUAACUGAAAAAGAAGAAAAACGUUUUCAAAGAAUUAAAAGAUGUGAAAAAUGUUCAAAACAUUUUAAAAAAAAUAAUUUAAUUAAAGUUCGAGAUCACUGUCAUUUUACUGGUAAAUAUAGACAAUGUCUUUGUCUCGAAUGUAAUUUUCAAAUAACUAAUCCAUCAUUCAUUCCAAUUUUCUUUCAUAAUUUAUCGUACGAUAGCCAUUUCAUAAUUCGAGAGCUCGGUUGCGAUGAUCAAAAUAUUCACGUUAUUCCUAAUUCAUCAGAAAAAUAUAUAUCCUUCAGCAAGGAAAUCGCACCUAAAUUUAGUAUAAAAUUUGUUGAUACAUUCCGUUUUAUGAGCGAGUCAUUAAGUAAACUUGCGGAAAAUUUAUCUGAAGAUAAGUCGAGAUUUAGAGAAACUCUUAAAAUAUUUUCUGCGGAAGCACUAGAUUUAGUUACACGAAAAGGAGUCUUCCCUUAUGAAUAUGUCGAUAAUUGGAGUAAAUUAGAUGAUACUUUUCUACCAUCAAAGCUAGAAUUUUAUAACUCUUUAACAGACGAGAAAAUUAGUGAUGAAGAUUAUAUACAUGCUAAAAAUGUAUGGCAUACAUUUGAUAUAAAGACUUUAGGUGAAUAUAGCGAUCUUUAUUUAAAAACUGAUGUUAGCAUACUAGCCGAUGUGUUCGAAAAUUUUAGAGACUUAUGUUUAUCUACGCUCGAACUAGAUCCUGCUCAUUAUAUGACUGCUCCCGGGUUUGCUUUUGACUGUAUGCUGAAGUAUACCAAGGUCAAAUUAUCAAGGUUAAAGGAGUAUAACAUGUUGCUUUUCUUCGAAAAAUCGAUUAGAGGCGGGAUAUGCCAAUCAACCAAAAGAUAUGUUAAGGCAAACAUACCAAAUAUCGAAGGAUUGGACUAUAAUGCAAAUGAACCGAUCACAUGGAUUACAUAUCUCGAUUGUGUGAAUUUGUAUGGGAAGUCUAUGUUAACAGAAUUACCUUUUAAAGAUUUUGAAUGGGUUGACGAUCUCAACAUAGAUGUAACUAAAAUCGCUGAUGAUUCAGAAGUCGGAUAUAUAUUAGAAGUUGAUAUUGAGUAUCCUAAACAUCUACAUAAAUAUCAUAAUGAUUUCCCAUUUUUACCGUUUAACGAAUGUCCACCAAAUUCGAAAGUUGAGAAAUUGUUAACUACUUUAUCACCGAAAAAAAACUAUAUUGUACAUUACAAAAAUUUAAAACAAGCAAUUUCUCACGGUCUUAAAGUAGUAAAAAUUCAUCGAGCUAUCCGUUUUUCCCAAAGUAAAUGGAUGGCAUCAUACAUAAAAUUAUGUACAUCUAUGAGAGUACAAGCUAAAAACGAGUUUGAGAAGGAUUUCUGGAAGUUGCUAAUUAAUAGCGUUUUUGGUAAAUGUAUGGAGAAUGUUCGAGCAAGAACUUCUAUAAAACUGGUUUCUUCAGAACAAAAAGCAAGGAAAUUAAUGGCGAAAACUAGUUUUAAAGACAGAACUAUAUAUUCUAAGAAUCUCAUGGCCAUUCAUCAGCAUAAGGAAACAAUUAAAUUCGACAAGGCAAUUUAUGUAGGAUUUGCAAUUUUAGACGUUUCGAAAACAUUUAUGUAUGACUUCCAUUAUAAUGUAAUGAAGAAAAGGUAUGGUACUAAAAUUAGUUCUUUAUAUUCGGAUACUGAUUCCCUGAUAUAUGCUAUCCAAACAACAAAUUUUUUUGACGAUUUAAAAAAUAGUUUAUUACCAUAUUUUGACACAUCUAAUUAUCCUAAAGACCAUUGUUGUUUUAGUGAAAUUCAUAAAAAUCAACCAGGGUUCUUUAAAGAUGAAAUGAAAGGAAUUAUAAUUAAAGAAUUCGUUUCAUUAAGACCGAAAUUAUAUGCUUAUAAAACUAUAGAUGGCGCUGAGAAAAAAAAAGCAAAAGGCGUAAAGAAAUAUAUAAUUAAAAAUCACAUGCAAUUUAACAAUUAUAUGAAUAUACUAAACGCUUUUAUAAACCAUAAAACUCUCAAGGAUGAACAAACUCAUAGAAAAAUGAAUUUUAUCCAAUCAAAUAAACAUGUUGUUCAUUCGAAAACAAUGAACAAACUCGUUCUAAGUGCAAACGAUGAUAAACGUUAUAUAAUGGAUGACGGGAUAAAUACUUUAGCUUAUGGUCACUAUAAACUUAAUGACUCAGUUUAAAAGCGUUAUCUAGCGGAACAAAAUACAGCAAUAUUAUUAUUUUCAUUGAUUUAUUUACCACUAGAUGACGCUUUUUGUUUUUAUCGAUUGUAUAUAUUUAUAUAUAGUUUUCAAAACAGACUAAUGAGGAUCAGGAGAUCAUGUGAAAUAAUUAAUUCGACUUAAUAAAAAAAACUGAUAUUUUAUUUUAUUAAAAAAAAUAAAUAAAUAAAUAAAUAAAUAAAUAUAAUACAUAAAAAAACAUUAUUUUAAAAUAUCUGAUGAUGUUAUCCAUGAAUUUUGACUUGAAUCAAAACCUAACCAUUUAACAAACAUUUUAUUCCCAACUUUUUUUACAAUACGUUCAAUGAGAAAGGUGUUUGGAAAAUCAGUUAAUUUAAUUUCCUGUUCAUAAAAACCACCUAAAAUUAUACUGCCUGAUUCAUCCUUUAGUUGAUAAGUUACUGGAUUUGUCUGUAAAACUUUUGAAACUGUAAAUAUUUCCGUUGUCCAAUUUGGUGUAUAUCCUUUAGUAAAUAUAUGUUUAUACUUAGAUAUUCGUACUUUAUCGUUAACUUUAAAUUUUGGUUUAUACAAUGUUUCAGAAUUUAUAUAUGUGUUAAAUUUAAUUCUGUUUGUACCCAUUCGAGCUUCACUAGGUGUACAUUUGAUUGUUCUGUGUUUUGUGUUAUUAUAGUUAUGUAUAAUUUUUGAUAUUGUAUUGUGCCAAUUCCAUGUGCCUGUUGCAGUAAAAUGUCUAUAUAUAUUAUUUUUAAGAGUUCGAAUCACACGUUCCGCGAUUGAACAUUUGAUAACACUGUAUGAACUGUAAUGCUUAAUUUUAUAUUUUUUCAUUAAAUCUUGGAAUUGGACAUUGUAAA